UCCAGGAAAAAUCCAAGUUUACCCGCGAAAGAGAGAAACAGGAAAAGGAACAAAAAGUAAUUAAAGCAAAAGGGGAGUGAGAUGGCAUCCACCAAAUGGCCCACGUGAUUCCAGAAAGUCUUUAUGUCCAAGAACAAAUAAAUACGUACAUGAGAGCUAGAGUUGGGAACCCCGGUCAGAGAGUAAACAUUCUGCGGAAGCACAUCAACCACUAGCGCUUUCGAUGGCUUCUUCUUCUUCUUCUUCUUCAAAUCUGAAAAGGUAUUACCAUGUGUUCCUGAGCUUCAGAGGCACGGAUGUCCGUGACAGCUUUCUCAGUCAUCUCUAUGCGGGUCUCGAUCAAAGAGGAAUACACACUUUCAUGGACAACGAGGAGCUCAGGAAAGGAGAGCAAAUAUCCCCGGCGCUUAUGAAAGCGAUCGAGGAAUCGCGCAUUGCGGUCAUCGUUUUCACCAAGAACUACGCUUCCUCGACAUGGUGCUUGGAAGAGUUAGCCAAAAUUAUGGAGUGCAAGGAGCAAAGAGACCUUGAGGUCUUUCCCCUGUUUUACAAAGUGGAACCCAGAGAAGUGAGAACACCAAGAAAGAGUUAUGAAAAAGCCAUGGAUAAGCAUGAGUCAAAGUUCAGAAAGGGUUCGGGGAAAGUGAAGAGAUGGAAGAAGGCUCUCCUCGAUGCUGUGCUUAUCGUAGAUGAAGCGGAGCUCAUACAACGCAUCGUAGAGGAACUAUCAAUUCAUCUACAGCGUGCACCCUUACAUGUUGCUAAGUAUCCGGUCGGAGUAGAUUCCCAAGUUCAGGAAGUGAUAUCAUUGUUAGAAAAAGAGACGGGUGAUGAUGAUGUUCUCAUGGUAGGUCUAUGGGGACCUGGAGGCAUAGGGAAGACCACAAUUGCUAAAGCCCUAUAUAAUUAUAUUGAGAAAUAUUUUCAGGGUACCUGUUUUUUGGGGCAAGUAAGAGAAACUUCGAACGAAAGCAAUGGUCUAGUUUCUUUGCAACAAAAACUUCUUUCACAGAUCUUUCCUCGUGGAAACCGGACGGUAUAUAUUGUGGACGGAGGAAUUCCUUUGAUACGGGAAAGACUUUGUUGCAAGAAGGUUCUUCUAGUUCUUGAUGAUGUGGACAAGUUGGAUCAACCGAAUGCGUUAGCUGGAGAUGGCCAUUGGUUUGGCAAAGGAAGUAGAAUCAUUGUUACAUCAAGAGAUAAACAUGUGCUAACUUCUCACGGCAUAAAUUGUGUUUAUGAAGUUGAAACUUUAGAUGACGAUGAAGCACGGGACCUUUUUGGUCGGCAUGCCUUUCGAAGUAGCAAGAAAGUUGAGAUACCAGGGGAUCUCAUAAAUAGAGCAAUGCGUUAUGCUAACGGCCCGCCGUUAGCCCUUGAAGUGUUGGGCUCGUUCUUAUGUGGAAGAGAGGAGCUUGCAUGGGAAAGUACACUGGAUAAACUCUCCAGAAGUCCUGACCAAACUAUCAAUCGAAUUCUCAAGAUAAGCUUCGAUGGAUUGGAUAACAACGAAAGGGAGAUUUUCCUUGAUAUUGCAUGCUUCUUCAAGGGGAAAAGUAUAGAACACGUCACAGAAGUUCUUGACAGCUGCGAUUUUGCUACAACUAUAGGAAUAGAAGUUCUCAUCGAGCGGUCCUUGAUAAUAAAAGAGCAUGGGACCCUGCAAAUGCAUGAUUUAAUUCAGUUGAUGGGUAAGGAUGUUGUUAAUCAAGAAUGCCCCGAUGAUCCCGGGAAACGCAGUAGAUUAUGGAUUUUUGAAGAUGUCGUGGAAAUUCUACGUGAAGACACGGGAACGAAUGCAAUAAAGGCCAUAGUAUUGGACUUCCCCAAGUUGGAAGACAUAACUAUCAGCGCUGAUGCUUUCACAAACAUGAAAAGAUUGAGAAUGCUCAUUUUGCUUGAAGUGCAUAUCUCUUCACAAGGUCCCGUACGUCUCCCUAACGAGCUAAGAUGGCUUAAAUGGCCCAAUGCGCCAAAUCUAGAAUUUGGCUCUGGUCCUAGGAAGCUUGUGCGACUUGAUCUUCACAGAAGUCGUAUCAAACAAUUAGGAGGCCCGCUUAACAAUUUUAGAAAGUUGAAGUCCAUAAAUUUCAGUGAAUGCGAGUCCCUGGCUAGUGUUCCGGACCUAUCAUCGGUUCCAAAUCUGGAGAGCUUGAAUCUUGAUGGGUGCAAAAGCUUGGUGGAGGUUCACCAAUCCGUCGGGUAUCUUGACAAGUUAAAAUUUUUGUCGCUAAUGUGGUGCUCUAAUCUUAGAAUCUUUCCCAACAGACUCAAGACAAAAUCUCUUCAAACCUUUAGUCUCUGGGGUUGCUCUAAACUUGAGGAGUUCCCCGAUAUUCUAGGAAAGAUGGAACAUCUAGAAAGACUUGACCUGGUAGGGACGGCUAUUAGAGAACUCCCGACAUCAAUUGAAAAUCUUGUCUCUGUGAAGAUGAUGUUUUUAUGCUAUUGCAAAAACCUUGCAAGGCUUCCGUCGAGUAUUUGUAAGUUGCACAAUCUCGAGAUUUUAAGUCUUGGAGGCUGCUCGAAUUUGGUCACGUUCCCAAAGAACUUGGAGGAGUCAACCGACCCCGAUGGCCAUUUAGGAUUUCCAAAUCUAAAGACGCUAGGACUCUGGGGCUGCAACCUAUCAGAAGUAGACUUCCUCGAGAGCUCUUCCAGUUUUCCCAAAUUGAAAACCCUAUAUCUUUCGAAAAACAAGUUUACUCAUCUACCAACAUCCAUAAAAAAAUACCAUGCUUUAGAUUGGUUGGAUGUGAGGAAAUGCCAGCAACUACAAGAGAUUCCUCAGCUUCCAUCAACUAUGCGUAUCCUAAAAGCAAAUGGUUGCAAAUCCCUACAAAAACUCCCAGAUUUGUCGAGUCUCUCGUCCAACCGCCUUGAAGUCGACUUGUCUUCAUGUGGUGAAUUAUUCCGCAGGGGGGUCAAGAUGGCUGAUGUAUCAUUACUCGAGGGACUUCCGAAUAUGGGAAGAGUUGAUAUUCUCCUAAUUGGAGGAGAAAUGCCAGAAUGGUUUCUCAACCGUGAAUGGGUUCCCAUAUCUUUCAUGGUUCCCCGGAACUUGGAGUACAAGCUAUUGGGACUAGCACUCUGUGUUGUUCUUGGCUUGGAGGAAGGAAAAGAGGUCAAUGCUUCAUGUGAAAUCCAAAUGUUUGUUAACAGCAAAAGGAUGUUUUGCCAAAGUCAUUUCUUUUAUUCAUUGGAAUCCAAUCAUGUGUGGCUUACGUAUUUCCCACGCAGAAUGCUGUUUGGAGUAGGGGAGCUUCUACGAAACGAUUGGAGCCAAGUCCGAGUUUGCCUCACACCAUCGAAAGUAAUCUUAAAAAAGUGUGGAUUUCGUCUAAUAUGCAAGCAACCCGAGGAUGAUCUGAGGGUCGUGCUCCAACACCAUCAGCCGGUUGAAGAAAAAAAUUGGAAGAUCAAGGAAAGAGACUCAGAAGAAGACAACUCAAUACACACUAUGGUAGAGGAAAGCGGAUCAACUUCUACAAAGAAGAGAAGAUUGUCAUAACUACGGCGACACUAUGGGUUCCACUCGCACCGACCGAUCUAAGCAUGUCGAAGUUGUGACAGACCUGUUGCUCAAGUGAUUCUAGGGGAAACAAACGGGGGGAUGCAAUUCCAAUGCCUUUUGCAUUUCCCAUUUUUCCGUCUCUACUGUAAAUUUUCCCCCUCCUUUAGGAAUAGUGAUGCAGAAUGCAUUAAUACAAAAUUAGAUGGAUUCUUGUUGAAUGGCCAUGGUCUUCCAACUUGCUUUGUGACAUUUAUCGGAUAGAUCUCUGUUACCUCUCUUAAUCCAAUUAGUGAUGCCAACGCUUCAUACUU